GCUGACUAGCUGAAGAGUGACCCUCUCACCUGAAAUCCAGCUCUCAUCGCGCGUGUUUUUUAAUAAUAUUCCAUUUUAUUAAUUAAAACUAGCCGGGAUGUCGCUAAUUACACGCCUCUUGACUGCCAGCAGUCCCCUGCGGCUGAGGGCUCUGGAAACCAUGAGCCGGGCCGGCUACAGCUCGCAUGCCAAGUACGCGGAGCACCGACCGAUCGACAAGAUCAGGAACAUCGGAAUCUCGGCGCACAUAGACAGUGGCAAGACCACGUUGACGGAGCGGAUCCUGUUCUACACCGGAAGAAUUGCGGAGAUGCACGAGGUGCGUGGAAAGGACAACGUGGGCGCCACCAUGGACAGCAUGGAGCUGGAGCGGCAGCGAGGCAUCACUAUUCAGUCGGCAGCCACUUACACUCUUUGGAAAGACACUAACAUCAACAUCAUCGACACCCCGGGCCAUGUGGACUUCACCGUGGAGGUGGAGCGUGCCCUGCGCGUCUUGGACGGAGCUGUGCUAGUCCUUUGCGCUGUCGGAGGAGUCCAGAGUCAGACCCUGACCGUCAACCGUCAGAUGAAACGCUACAAUGUUCCCUGCCUGGCGUUCAUCAACAAACUGGACCGAAUGGGAUCCAAUCCCUACCGGGUUCUCUCCCAGAUGCGCUCCAAAAUGAAUCACAAUGCCGCUUUCAUCCAGUUGCCCAUCGGCGUGGAGAGCAACUGCAAGGGAAUAGUGGAUUUGGUGCGUGAGAGAGCACUCUACUUCGAGGGAGAACAUGGAAUGAAUGUUAGGCUGGAUGAGAUCCCACAAGACAUGCGGGUGGAGAGCCAGGAGCGGAGGCAGGAACUGAUAGAACAUCUGUCCAAUGCAGAUGACACCUUCGGCGAGCUCUUCCUGGAGGAGAAACCCUUCACCGAGGAUGAUAUCAAGGCCGCUCUGAGGAGGACCUGCAUCAAGAGGACUUUUACCCCCGUUUUAGUGGGAACUGCCCUGAAAAAUAAGGGCGUUCAGCCCCUGCUUGAUGCUGUGCUGGAGUACUUGCCCAAUCCCGGUGAGGUGGAGAACCUGGCCUUUGUCGAAAAAGAGGGUCAGGACCCUGAGAAAAUAGUCCUUAAUCCUGCUCGUGAUGGAAAAGAUGCCUUUGUCGGUCUCGCUUUCAAGCUGGAGGCUGGUCGUUUCGGACAACUCACCUACCUCCGAUGCUACCAGGGAGUCCUUCGUAAGGGCGACAAUAUCUUCAAUGCCCGCACCAACAAGAAAGUGAGAAUAGCUCGUCUGGUUCGUCUGCAUUCCAACCAAAUGGAGGAUGUUAACGAGGUGUACGCCGGCGAUAUCUUUGCUCUGUUCGGCGUGGACUGCGCUUCUGGAGACACUUUCACCACCAAUCCCAAGAACAACCUGGCCAUGGAGUCCAUUUUUGUACCUGAACCUGUCGUCUCGAUGGCCAUCAAGCCAAACAACACCAAGGAUAGGGAUAACUUCUCCAAGGCCAUUGCGAGAUUCACCAAGGAAGAUCCCACUUUCCACUUCUUUUUCGACAACGAUGUGAAGGAAACCCUUGUCUCCGGCAUGGGAGAGCUGCAUCUGGAGAUCUAUGCCCAGCGAAUGGAGAGGGAAUACGGUUGCCCAGUGACCUUGGGCAAGCCCAAGGUAGCAUUUAGGGAAACUCUGGUGGGACCUUGCGAAUUUGAUUAUCUACACAAGAAGCAGUCUGGAGGUUCGGGUCAAUAUGCCAGAAUUAUAGGAAUCAUGGAGCCACUGCCACCAAACCAAAAUACUUUGCUGGAAUUUGUGGAUGAAACUGUGGGCACCAAUGUACCCAAGCAGUUUGUGCCCGGAGUUGAAAAAGGAUACCGCGAAAUGGCCGAGAAGGGCAUGCUUUCGGGCCACAAGCUAUCCGGCAUCCGUUUCCGCCUGCAGGAUGGUGGUCACCACAUUGUGGAUUCCAGUGAGUUGGCUUUCAUGCUGGCUGCCCAUGGUGCCAUCAAAGAGGUCUUCCAGAACGGAAACUGGCAGAUCCUGGAACCCAUUAUGCUGGUGGAGGUCACGGCACCCGAGGAGUUCCAGGGCGCCGUGAUGGGUCAUCUGAGCAAACGUCAUGGCAUCAUCACCGGAACUGAGGGAACAGAAGGCUGGUUCACUGUCUACGCAGAGGUUCCCCUGAAUGAUAUGUUCGGUUAUGCUGGAGAGUUAAGAUCGAGCACCCAGGGGAAGGGCGAGUUCACCAUGGAGUACUCCCGCUACUCGCCCUGCCUGCCAGAUGUCCAGGACCAGAUUGUGCGCCAGUACCAGGAGUCUCAGGGUCUGGGACAAGCGGACAAGAAGAAACGAAAGAACUAAAUUAUAAUUUUUAAAUAGUUUUAGUAACCAUCUCCUUAAAAUCGAAAUGUUAUUGUGUCACCCCCUAUAUAUUUGCUUAGUUCAAUCUUACUUCAUAUAAUCUUCAGUUUUUACUGUGAUAAUGGCGACUUGUACAGUUUUUGUAUAUUAAAAAACAAAAUAAGAAAAGUUUAA